GAACUUUUGAUAGAUUUAAUUAGAUAAAUUAUUCAGAUUUGAUGUCCGACGAAGAAAUUAGAGAACCUUCUCCAGAUAGAAGAAUCGAAGAGAGUGGAGAGGAAGAAGAGGAAGUGGAUGAUUUGUUUGGGGAUGAUGAUGAUGAAGAACAACCAUCCACAAAACAACAGAACGAUGAUAAAAGCGACGAAGAAGAUGAAGAAGAAGAGGAAGAUGAAACAGAAUUAAAAGCGAUUGAUAUAUCAUUGCCCAGACAUUCUAUUGCCAGUAAAGCGGAGGAAACAGUGUACAGUAUCAAAAUGCCCGUUUUUUUGAAUGUGGAAGCCAUUCCUUUCGACCCCAGUGAAUUCAAGGACCAGGUGAAACAGAAUGCUGAAAAGAGAGGUAAACUUGAUCUUUCUGCUAAACAAAUAAACGAUGAUGUUGUCGCUGAAAAAUUGGUAAAUCAAAAUACUGUUCGUUGGAGAUACUCAAAUAAGAAUGAUGAAAUCAUUAAACAAUCAAAUGCUCAUUUCGUUCAAUGGGAUGAUGGUAGUAUAUCUUUAAAGAUUGGGGAAGAAAUGUUUGACUUCAGAGAAUUACCAGCUACUGAUAACUUUUUGGUAAGGUCUCAUGAUCAAUUAGAAUUUCUUCAAAAUGAUUCUUAUAUAAAUAAGUUUUCAAAUUUGGUACCUACAUCAACUAACUCGGCAACUCAUAGAAAUUUGACUCAAGCAGUUAAAAACAUUCAAAAGAAGGACAAAAUUCUUAGUGCACUUACAGAAAAAGAUCCUUUACUGAAACAAAGAGAUGCUGAUGAAAACGAAAGAAAAUUGCUGAAGAUGAAGAGACAAUUGGAACUUAAAAGACGAUUACAAGAGGAAAGAAUUGAAAGAAAUAGUCCGGCAGCUGGUGGAGCUGAUAGAUAUGACAACGAGCCAGCAUACGAAAGAUUUGAAAGAACAUAUGGUAAUGAUUAUGAAGAUGAGGAAGAUGAUGACGAUGAUGGAUUCAUUGACAAUGAUGAAGAAGAGGAGGAAGAAGAAGAAGAUGAUGAUGAUGAAGAUGAACGUGAAGCUGCUGCUGCUGAAAGAUUGAGAAAAUUAAAACAAGAAGGAUCUUCCAAGUAUUCUAAACAAGAUCAUGAUGAAGAAGAUGAUAAUAAAUCAUCGAGAAAGAAGAGAAGAAUUAUUGAUUCUGACGAAGAUGAUGAAUAAAUUUACGAAUGAAGUCUAGAAUUAUAAAUGUACAUUUAAUUUAAAAUAUUAUAAAAUAUAAAAAUCUCACCUUUGAGUAGAAAAGAGUAUACUUCGAAGAUUGUGUGUAGUUUGAAGUCAAUGGCUUCUUUUUUUUUGGUUUUGGGGAUGUGUUUUUCUUCAUUUGGUAAUUAAGAUAUAGU